CCUCAGCAAGAAACUGCUGGAAACAUUCAAAUUUUGCCAGAUUAAGCUGUAAAGGUAAAUUUACCACUUAAGAAAAAUGUUUAUCUCAUCUGCCUUGUGGCGUGCUGUAUCAUUUGAGAACAUUCUCUAGCUUACUUAUUUUUUCUCCCUUGACAGCUGACCGAGAGGGCAUCGAAGUCUCUCGAUUUUCUUUGGAAAUAAAAUCUAUCAACAUCGAGUGAUUUUGUGAUUGAGUCAACAAAAGAUUUGCUGUGUACAGAUAUAGCAGAUUCUCAGCGGCUGCCAAGAUGAACCUUAAUGGGAAUUACCUACAGUUAAUACUGGUACUGCAGUGCACUCAUAUGUUGCUUCAAGUAACUGAAGCAGAACCAGAUAGGAUUGAAGUCUCUCAAUGUCCUUCAGAAAUAGAGGUCGUUGAGGGAACGUCUAUCAACAUGGAGUGCUUUUAUGAAGAGGAACGACAUAUGGAAGGCAUCAGGGUAGACUGGAGCAAAGACUCAAAAUGGAUCGUCAAUACAACCAAUUCAGAUGUUAUUGUCAAUCCAGUUUUCGACAAUAGACUCUUUUGCACCAUAAACAAAACAAAAGCAAAGCUGACAAUUAAAAAUAUCGCUCAGGAAGAUGCGGGAUUGUAUAUCUGUAAGAUAUAUAUUGAAAUACCACCACCAGUUCAAAGAGGCUCUGGAAAUGGAACAAAAUUAAUUGUGCGAGGUAAAGUGUUAACUCAAGCAUCAGUGGACAGAUCUUGGUACUUGCUUGCUGCUUUGAAGAUAUCAUUUUUUGGGAUAAUUGUUCUCAUGAUGUUCGUCGUUACAAGGCUUUGUGUACUAAGGUUCCAGAAUCAGCCAGCAGAAGAUAAGUAAUGAGACAGAUGAGUACUAUUCUAUAUCAAGUAUUUGUAACUAGAGUAAUGUAGUGUUUAAGCAUUUAUGUAGUAUAAUGACAUUAAAAUGUGUAAUGGGUUUUUAAAGUUUGCCA